GCGUACAAACACUCACCUCCUAUAUAGACACGGCUACUUAUCAAACCAAGAUACUUCACCUCCCUUUGAAAUUGCAAGUUCCAACUCGUUUUUUGGAUGAAGCAAGUUCCAACUCUCUCCCACAGCCAUUCUGCUAAAGCCGCAGCUAAGCGCGCGUGCAGGCUCCACGCCACCAGUUCACCUCGCCGCCGGAGAUGCCACCUGACGGCUCAUCGGCGGCCUCCUCCUCCACCGCGUCAGCCGAAAUCUACACGAAGGUCCUGCAGGGCCGGUACGAGCUCGGCCGCGUCCUCGGCAGGGGAGCCUCCUCCAAGGUCUACCGCGCGCGGGACGUCCGCACCGGCGUGCACGUCGCCGUCAAGGCCGUCCGGAAGCCGCACCACCCGUGCUCGCCCGAGGACGCCGCGGCGGCGCGCCGGUCCGUGGAGCGGGAGCUCGCGGCGCUCCGGCGCGUCCAGGGCCACCCGCACGUCGUGCGCCUCCUCGACGUCCUGGCCUCCCGCACCACCGUCUACCUCGUGCUCGACCUCGCCCGCGGCGGCAGCGUCCAGUCCGCGCUCGAGGAAAGGGGCCGAUCCGACGAGCCCGUGGCGCGCCGGCUCUUCGCCCAGCUCGUCUCCGCGCUGGCGCACGCGCACGCGCGCGGCGUGUUCCACCGCGACGUGAAGCCGGAGAACCUGCUCCUGGACGAGCGGGCCGACGUCAAGCUCACCGACUUCGGGCUCUGCGCCUUCGCCGACCGCCAGCUCGGCCCCGACGGCCUCACGGGCACGGCCUGCGGUUCCCCUGCCUACGUCGCCCCGGAGAUCCUCCUCAAGAAGCGCUACGACCCCGGCAAGGCCGACGUCUGGUCAUGCGGCGUCGUGCUCUUCUCGCUCACAGCCGGGUACCUACCGUUCAACGACGGCAACCUCAUGGGCAUGUACCGCAAGAUUUGCUCGGGGAGGUUCAGGUGCCCCAAGUGGUUCUCCAUGGAGCUCCGGUCCCUCAUCGUGAGGAUGCUGGAUCCGGAGCCCAAUUCACGCAUCAAGCUUGGGGAAAUCUUCGACCACCCUUGGUUACACUACAAAGAUGGCAUCAUGCCGUUCCCUGUCGCACCAGCUGCUUCUUCUCAUCCUACUCCUGAGGUGCUGAAAUGGGAGGCGGAAUCUGAGCUAGCAAGGGAGAUGAAUGCAUUUGAUAUCCUUACAUUCGCAUCAGGGUGUGAUCUGAGUGGGUUGCUCGGGACUUUGACGGAUCGGGUUCGAUUUGUUGUAUCGGGUAUAAAUGCCAGGUCAGUGUUGAACAAAGCUGAGGAGCUUGGGCGAGGAGAAGGGUUCGCGGCGAGGAGGAAAGAGGAAGAAGGGUUCGGAGGGGUUCUGUUUGAAGAAAUAGGUGGGAAAUUCAUAGCGCAAGUUAGUGUUCAUCCACUUCAUGAUGACAUAUUGCUUGUUGAAGCAGAAAGAGCUAUCAGCGAAAAAGAACCAAAAUUUUGGGAGGAACUUCAAUCAAGUCUUAAAUUCUCAACAAACUGAACAAGAAGACUUGAUAUUCAAUAUAUUGGUUUCGCUAACAUUUCUAUAUUCUCAACAAACUGAAUAUGAAGACAUAUAUAUUUUUUGAUCUUUAUUGCCUGGUUUUACAUGAUCAAUGAUGUUACCAA